UACCAAGAAGCUGAACAGCAUUCAUUUCCCCUUUCAUUUGCUUUCCUCUCUUUUUCAGGUACUUCCAACUUUAUUACCUCUCUCUGUUCUACUUCUUCUUAAGCCAAUUCCCUCUUCUCAUUCAUCCUCAACGCCCUCCACUCUAUCUAUCUAUCUAUCUCUACACAAUUGAGAAGAAGCAGAUACCUCUCUCUAAUGGCGUCCGCAGAAGGAAAAACAGAGCCUCCUAAACCAGAGCCUCCUCAAACAGAGUGCCCUCCAGGCAACCAAGAAGGAGUUCCAGAAGAGAAGGAAAACACCCCCAAUCCUCCUCCAGAGCCAGCUCUGAAAUACAAGACAUGGGUUUUGAAGGUCUCUGUUCACUGCGAAGGAUGCAAAAGGAAAGUGAAGAAGAUCCUCAAUAACAUCGAUGGGGUUUAUACGACGGACGUUGAUCUGAAGCAGCAAAAGGCGACCGUGAUCGGUAACGUCGACGGAGAAACUCUGAUUAGGAAACUGGUGAAGACUGGGAAGCACGCGGAGCUCUGGCCGGAAUCCAACCCCGGCGAACAGAAGAAAAAGAAGAAGAAGAAAUCCAAGGGGAAAGAGAGAGAAAAACAGGAAGAUAGCGAUGGAGAAGAUGGAGAAAACGAGAAACCAGAAGUUCCUCAGGUUCAGGAUCCGACUAAAAGCAGCGAAAACGGCGGCGCAGUGAGAGUUGGGGUUCAGUUUAAGGAGAUGAAGAUGGGUUCAUUAGCAGAGCCUCCGGUAGUGGAGAAGGCAGUCGGGUUCGACAGUGGCGCCGCCGAGACAGGCGGUGGCGGCGCUGCUAAAAAGAAGAAGAAGAGGAGAGGGAAUAAAGCUAGCGGCGGCGGAAAUGGAAACGCCGGUGGAGAGGAAGGCGAGCAGCCGCCCUGCGAUGCGCCGCCACGCAGCGGAUCUCCUCCUCCUCCUCCCACUCACGGUGGCGGUGGUGGGGGUCAAACGCAGGUCCACGGACCGUACCCGGGGACCAAUCACCACCCGCCACAUCACCAGCCGCAUCAAUUCCCUCCGCCGCACUAUCACUACGCGCCACCGGUUUACGCGGCGAGCUACAAUACGGCGUACCCCAGCACGAGCUACGGUGCGUCCUACUACGCUCCUCCGCAAUAUUCCUACGCGCACGUCCACCCGCCGUGGGAUCGGGAGCCGUACCCGGGCUACUCGUCUCGUCCGUCGGAUUCGUUCGAAAUCUUUAGCGAGGAGAAUCCCAAUGCCUGCUCAGUUAUGUGAAAUAAAAUGGGGAUGAAGGCUAAUACGUUCUUGUGUGUCUGUGGGUCUUUCUUCUUAAUGAGUUUACGACUUGGGACCAAUAUUUUUGUUAUGGGAAGUGGUAAAACUGUAAAAUUUGUGGGGGUGAGACAAGAGAUUAGGGGUUUUCCUUUUUGUUAACUUUGUUUUUACUGUACCUCUUGUUUUAUAAGGUUAACUUACUUCUUAGUAGUGAACUCUUCUUCUCAAGUUUGGGUAUCUGUUGCCCUUAAUAGUUAAUACUAUUUAAGAGAUUCGAACUUGAGAUCUUAAGAUUCAGGAUUAGAAAUAUCAUCUUGUG